AUGUUUUAUGGUCUUGGGUUGACGGAACUUCGAACGCUUGCAUUUGAAUUCGCAAAAGCAUUGAAAGCAGCCCGACGCAUAAAGAAAAUUCCAGAAUCCUGGAUUCCGAAGGAGAAAACUGGGCAAUCAAUUGCAACCAGAGAUUGGGCCGAAGGAUUCAUUAAACGUCAUUCUGAGUUGAGUUUGCGUCGACCAGUAUCGACAACACUGGGUCGUGCGGCUGCAUUUAACCCAACUGUAGUUCAAAAUUUUUUUGAUCUAUACGAAAAAAUCCUAGAAUCAUAUCAAUUCACUGCCGCGACAGUGUGGAACAUGGACGAAACCGGACUUAGUACAGUCCAUAAAACAAAAUUCGUUUUGGCACAGAAAGGCCAGCGUUGCGUGGCAGCGGCCAGUUCGGGCGAACGUGGCGAUAAUGUGACCCUCACGAUAGCUGUUUCCGCUGCCGGCGAAAAAAUUCCAUCCUUUUUCAUUUUUCCACGGGUACAAAUGCAGGAUAAAAUUCUUUUGCUGGGCAGUGCGGACGCUAAAGGUGUUGCGAAUGGAUCGGAUUGGCAGAGGCUGACACUUUCGUACAAUUUUUGCACCAUUUUAAACAUCAUGCCAUUAAAGCGGGCACCAAAAAGACUUUGCUGA